GCAGCUUUUGGGCCAGCGGCAAGGAAGCAGCCGCUCCGCCUGCCAGGCCCCCACCCACGACAUCCCAGGGGCAACGGCCCCAGGGAGAUCAGUCCCAGAUCUGCUGAGACCUUUGGAGGCCACCGCCGAGAAAGGAGGCGCAGCAUCUUCAACCCUUCCUGGCGCGGCCUUGCCCAGGAGCCCCGAGCCAGCUGGCAGACACCCUCCUCGGCGUCACGCUGUGUGAGCCCCUGGGAAUUCCCACGAGGCCUCUCCGGGGGGAUGACCACAGGGGACUGAACGCUGUGCAGCCCUGCAGGCGGCCCGGGGCAUCCUUGACUGAGGGGUGCGGAUUGGGCCUGUGAGGCCUCUCUCUCACGCCGCCUCCGGGAAGGGACCGUGGCAUCCUGGAUAAUUUUUCGGAUCCCCGAGGCAGCGGCGGCGGGCACCAGCGGGCGUACUGCUGCCUCAGAGAGCUGGGCAGGAUGCUGUUCGGUGUCAAGGACAUCGCUCUCUUGGAGCACGGGUGCAAGGCCCUCGAGGUGGACAGCUACAAGUCCCUGAUGAUCCUGGGUAUCCCGGAGGACUGCAACCACGAGGAAUUCGAAGAGAUCAUUAGGGUUCCCCUGAAACCUCUGGGCAAGUUCGAGGUUGCGGGGAAGGCCUUCCUGGAAGAGGACCGGUCCAAGGCGGCCAUCAUUAGGCUGAUGGAAGACAUCAAUUACUCCGCGAUCCCCAGGGAGAUCAAGGGCAAGGGCGGCAUGUGGAGGGUGGUCUACAUGCCCCGGAAGCAGGACAUUGAAUUCCUGACCAAGCUGAACCUCUUCUUGCAGAGUGAAGGCAGGACGGUGGAGGACGUGGCCCGGGUCCUGAGGCAGGAGCUGUGCCCGGCGGCGACGGGCCCCGGAGAGCUGCCUGCCAGAAAGUGCUGCGCGCCUGGGCCGGGGGAGAAGCCGGGGGCCGGGGCCACUGCCAGGCUGGACGGCGCGCCGCCUCUGGACUUGGCGGAGAAGGACAGGAAGGCCGGAGAGGGCAAGAGGGGCAAGCGGAAGCAAAAGAAAAACCGCCGGCGGCACCACGCCUCUGACAAGAAGCUGUGA